AUGGAACGAGAUCUUUUUGGAGUACUGGAUCAACUACAGAAUAAUGGUUAUUUAGCGACAUCAGUUUGCCCUUAUCGUUAUCUGAAUGACACUUUAUAUGUGGUGAAUGCCGAAGCGAAACGGGGACGUCAUUUCCCAGUCCAUUUCUGUACCACAACUGGCCUUCCUAUCUUUACAAGUGUUUGGCAUAAAGUCGACGAGUUUCUCUGGCAUUACGUCAUUGAGCAAGGCUCUCUUGAAGAAAUGCUAAAAAAGGACACUCAAAUGGGGCAAGAGGGCUAUUAUAUAAAGAUUUUUCUGACUUUUAAAAACACGUCAAGCGAAACUUUGCAAGCAAUAAUUUUAUGGAGGAAAGGAUUUGGAGUUCGAUAUCGCUUUGAGAUAUUUAAUAGUAUUCACGAUUUGGAACCUCGAAUGGGAAAAGGGAAUUCUGACCUUGAACUAUCAGUGGUUCAUUUGACUCCAAAUCAAAAAGUUUACACGAUUUGGAGAGAUCAUGGCACAAACACUUCCUUCUGGGUAAACGAAGAAAUCGAGAAAGUAAUGCGAACAAUGGAAAUCCCAUCAAUGUCAAUUUUUGUUCAAGUAAACGGAAUUGAAAUCUACAAGGCAGCUUUUGGUUAUGCUGACGUUUUACAAAGAAUAAAGGCCAACCCCGAUCAUCGAUAUCGAAUUGCGAGCAUCUCGAAAACGAUCACUGCAAUGGCUAUUCAAGAGCUGAUCAAUCAAAAAAAGAUUCGGCUCGACUCGCUUGUAUUUGGCCCAACUGGAAUUCUGGGACACGACUUUGGCACACGGCCCUACAACUCUCAAAUGCUUUCAAUCACCGUUCAACAUCUCCUCGAGCACACCGUCGGCUCCUGGGAACACUUCAGAAGAUACGAAUUCUCAAAGCAAAACUUCACCAAUCAUCAAUUUCUUUCGUGGCUCUUUGACUCUCAUCCACCAAAAGUUUCUGUUAACAUUGUUCAUCUCUACUCAAACGUCGGCUAUAUAAUUUUGGGUCGAGUCAUUGAAAAGAUCUCCGGCGUUAGCUACGAGAAAUUCGUGCAAGAGAAUCUUUUCAAUAAACUCCAUAUCAAAGGGCAUUUAGGAACAAGAAAAAGACAAGAAAAUGAGGUGUGCUACUACUCUCACGACAACGCGAAUCCCUACUUCAAUUGGGAUCCAGUGAGAAUGGAUGCAGCUGCUGGAUGGACUUUAACUGCUCAAGAUGUGGCAAAAAUCUUUGAAAAUUUGUCAAAAAAUCGCUAUCGGGAGUACGAAAAUUUGAUUCAAAGAUCCCGAUGGGAUUUCGCAUAUGGACGCGGAGUGCAAAUUGGAUGGGAUCAAAGUUUCUAUCAUUUUGGAUCACUUGCUGGUAUUGAGGGAAUCGGUUUCACGAGAAACGGCUUUCAAUGCGCGAUUCUCGUCAAUGUGCGCGGGAAACAAGAGAAUUUUCUCACUCAUUGGAUGCUUCAAUUUUGCCAAGCUUUUUCGAAUCAA